AUGCAUGCAUUGCUCAUUCCCGAGCUUCUCGACACUCAUCUCGCCCCUGCGCUCGGUUUCAUGAUCCACAAUGUCGUUACGCAAUCCGUUACCCCACCAUUGUACUGGGACGGAGAUUCGGUGGUUCCGAUGACAGCGUACAUCAAUUGUGCGGUCCAUGCAACGAUGAUUGGACGCGCAUUCAGCCUGCUCUCGUCAUCGGCGCCUUCAGCGGACGGCAAAACCGAGGACGAUAUCCUCGCUGCUGCGUCGGAUCUCCCUUCCGAACUCAAGCUCCUGAUCCAUGUUGAGUUCAUGACAUAUCAGCGUCAGCGGCGACGUCUCUGGCAACAUGCUAUUUCCCCCGUUUUUGUCAAAGCUCUGCUGACUGGCGGAGAAGCCGAGCCUGGGUCGCUCUUUGCGUCGGCCAUCAUCGCCCUCGGCUGCUGGCAUGCCCUCAUGAGCGCCAGCCCGCCUGUUAAGGGGAGGGGGAAAGACUUUGUGGCGAGUAUUGUGUCAGACCUCGCAUCUGCCGAGAAACAACUGGGAUGUCGCGGCCUUGAGGGCAAACGAACGCAAUUGGGGUAG